GCUGGGAUAUGUUACAACAGUUCUGCUCUGAAUGCGAUCUAUGGAAACAAGUUAUCCAACAAUGGAAUUAGUCCAGAAGAUGUGCACCUGUUGCGUCCUGAAGUGCCAUCAGCUGUAACAGGAACUCCCGACCGCAAGACCUCCUCCAGGCGUCCCGGCGCCCAGGAACCCAAGGCCAUGGAGCUGUCCGACAGCGACCGACCCGUCAGCUUCGGCUCCACGUCGUCCUCCGCUUCUUCCCGGGACAGCCACGGUUCCUUCGGCAGCAGAAUGACCUUAGUCUCCAACAGCCACUUGGGCUUGUUUCACCAAGAUAAGGAAGCCGGGGCCAUAAACCUGGAGCUGAUUCCAGCCCGGCCGUUUUCCAGCAGCGAGCUGCCGCGGGACCUCCCCGCGGGGCCCCGGAGCACGGACGAGGGCACAGCAACUCCCCCCCGGGCCCCACGGAGGAUGGAAGCCCACGGGGCAAGCAGGACAGGUGGCCCGUCGUCGGCCACGAGCCCCAAGCUCCUCUAUGUGGAUAGAGUCGUUCAGGAGAUUCUAGAGACCGAAAAGACUUACGUGCAGGACUUGAAAAGCAUCGUAGAGGAUUACCUAGACUGCAUCAGGGACCAAACAAAACUUCCCCUGGGGACAGAAGAAAGAUCAGCCCUCUUUGGAAACAUACAAGAUAUCUACCACUUCAAUAGUGAACUUCUACAAGAUUUGGAAAACUGUGAAAAUGAUCCUGUGGCCAUAGCAGAAUGUUUUGUGUCCAAGAGUGAAGAGUUCCACAUCUACACGCAGUACUGCACCAACUACCCAAGGUCCGUGGCCGUGCUGACGGAGUGCAUGCGCAACAAGAUGGUGGCCAAGUUCUUCCGGGAGCGUCAGGAAACUCUGAAACACUCGCUGCCUCUGGGGUCCUAUCUCUUGAAGCCGGUUCAGCGGAUUCUCAAAUAUCAUCUCCUCUUGCACGAAAUAGAAAAUCACCUUGACAAGGACACCGAAGGCUACGACGUGGUGCUUGAUGCGAUCGACACGAUGCAGCGAGUGGCCUGGCACAUCAACGACAUGAAGAGGAAGCAUGAGCACGCGGUCCGGUUGCAGGAGAUACAGAGUCUGCUCACUAACUGGAAGGGGCCAGACCUGACCAGCUAUGGGGAGCUGGUGUUGGAAGGCACCUUUCGCAUCCAGCGCGCCAAGAACGAGCGGACGCUCUUCCUCUUUGACAAGCUGCUGCUCAUCACAAAGAAAAGAGACGACACGUUCACAUACAAAGCCCACAUCCUGUGCAGCAACCUCAUGCUCGUGGAAGUGAUUCCGAAGGAGCCGCUCAGCUUCAGCGUCUUCCACUAUAAGAACCCGAAGCUGCAGCACACAGUUCAGGCGAAGUCCCAGCAGGACAAGCGCCUGUGGGUUCUGCACCUGAAGAGGCUGAUCCUGGAGAACCACGCAGCCAAGAUUCCGGCAAAGGCCAAGCAAGCAAUACUUGAAAUGGAUGCCAUUCAUUAUCCUGGGUUCUGUUACAGUCCUGACGGGGAGACAAAAGCAUUGUGUGGUUCUAAAAACGGUUCUGCUCCAUAUCGGCUGAGAAGAAAGUCAGAACCUUCCUCAAGGUCACAUAAAGUUUUGAAGACCAGUGAAACAGCACAAGACAUCCAAAAGGUUUCCAGAGAGGAAGGGUGUCCCCAGCGGACCUCCACGGGGCCAUCUCCUGCCCAGAGGAACAGCCAGCCAAGCAGUUCUGCCGUUAUCAGCGUGCUUCGCGGGGGAGGAGCCAUCAGGAACAUCUGGACGGACCACCAGAUCAGACAAGCCCUGUUCCCGAGUCGUCGGUCCCCUCAGGAGAACGAGGAUGACGAAGAUGAUUACCAGAUGUUCGUGCCAUCCUUCUCCUCCUCAGACCUGAACUCCGCCAGACUGUGUGAAGACAGCACUUCCAGUCGCCCCUGCAGUUGGCACAUGGGACAGAUGGAGCCCGCAGAGCCCGCCAGCUCUGGCCACCGGGUGGUCAGGCGGGCCAGCAGCGCCGGCGAGAGCAACACAUGCGCUCCUGAAAUAAGAAUUAGGGACAGCGGCGGCUCUCAGUACAGCCCCCGACGGGAGCAGCAGGGUGACCCGAAAACAGAAGGACAGGACGGAAUGACUCCCUUUGGGUCAUCUAUAGAGCUGACCCUCGAUGAUAUAGACCACGUCUAUGACAACAUAAGUUACGAGGACUUAAAACUAAUGGUUGCUAAACGGGAAGAAGCUGAGGCCAUGCCCCCGACAACAGCCAGGGACCCCGUUCGCCCCAAGAGCACGCCAGAGCUCGCCUUCUCGAAGACGCAGCCGGGCUCCGAGAAGAGCUCUCGGCAUGCGGAGAGGGACGGAGCUUUAACAGGUCACCGGGCCCCGAACCAAAGCACACAUGAACUCCAGAUGGUCGAGGAGAACAUCUACGACACCAUAGGGCUCCCAGAUCCGCCCUCCCUGAGCUUCAAAUGCAGCAGCCUGACGCGCCCCAAGAGGAGCACCUUCCUAGGUCUGGAAGCCGACUUCGCGUGCUGUGACAGUCUGAGGCCCUUUGUUUCCCAGGACAGCCUCCAGUUCAGUGAGGACGAAACCCCUUACCCCCAGAGACCCUCCAAUAACGACUACUUGAGUUUGCUCUAUAACUCCUUCAGCUGCAACCUGUCUCUCGGUGAUAAAUCUAUCUCGGACAAACUGUCUGAGGAAGUGGACGAAAUCUGGAACGACCUGGAAAAUUACAUCAAGAAAAACGAAGUCAAAGCUAGAGACCGGCUCCUGGCAGCCUUUCCCGUCAGCCAAGAGGACGUGCCGGACAGGCUGCACUCUGAGAGCACCCCCGAGCUGGGGAGAGAGGCCGCGUGCUCCGCGUCUACCCUCUCGCUUCCUGAGGGCCACGCUUUCCUCACACCACUGAGAGACAAGCCUGGCAGAGCUGGCCGGACCAACUGCCCGUUUGAAGAGGACCUGAUUGCUAAAGAAGGCUCCUUGAUGAGCCUUAACCGGCUGUCUCUGGCCAGUGAAACACCCACCCUGGAAAACCCUUACGACUUGGCCAACAGCAGUCUCUCCCAAACAGACUUGGAAAACCCUGCCCCUGGGAUGGAUGCCACAGAUAAGACGAGAAGCAGGGUUUUUCUGAUGGCCAGGCAAUAUAGUCAGAAGAUCAAGAAAGCAAAUCAGCUUUUAAAAGUGAGAAACCCAGAGCUGGAGCAGCCACUGGCCAGCCAGCAGCCUAAAUCCUCGGACAAAGACCUGGCGGCCAUCUUGGAAGAAAAGAAGCAAGGGGGUCCCGCCAUCGGGGCCAGGAUUGCUGAGUAUUCCCAACUGUACGACCAGAUCGUAUUCAGAGAGACUCCCUCCAAGCCUCAGAAGGACGUCUGGGCCAGCCCUCCAGAAACUCGCAGCCCCAGGUCCCCAUCACCUUCCCAGGCCCAACAGAGCAGCGAGGACUGGCUUUUGCAUUCCACCUACAGUAAUGGAGAAUUAGCGGAUUUCUGUCCCCGGCCGGAGCCCGACUUGAAGUCGACACAUCCCACUCCGGAGACUAGUACAAAAAGCAUCCCGAGACAGCUGUCCACGGCUUGCUCUGUGCCUUCCCUUCCGUCCUCCGACCCUCUGCUGGGCUCCGUGCAGAGACACAGCGUGAUAGUCCGUCAGCCCAGCCAGGAGCUCUCUCUCCAGGCCUACCUGUACAGCUCCUUGGGUCGGACAGGCCUCAGUGGUAGAUGUCAGCCUUACAGCCGGUCCCAGUCCUCUUCCUCUAUCCUGAUAAACAAGUCAGUGGACUCCAUCAACUACCCCGGGGAGGGGGCAAGGAAACAGCUGCUGUCUUUGCACAAAAGUCCGAGGUGUGAGAGCCACCAGGACGUGCGGCCCGGCCUGGCCGACUCCUGCCAGCAGGGCACUGAAAAACGCUCUGAUCUCACGCUCCGAGACUCCCAGAAGGUUCUGGUAGUAAAUAAAAGUUUACCCUUAAAUGCCCAAAGAGCGACACAGAACUAUUUCUCCAAUUUCAAAGAGACUGGAGGAGACGAAGACGACUACGUGGAAAUCAAGUCAGAAGAAGACGAGUCGGAGGCAGAGCUCGCCCAGGGCCGGAGGAAGACGUCGGACCCACGGGUUGCGGAGGCUGGCUUUUCGGAGGGCGCCUGCAGCAACGACACCUCUUACUCCUUGAACAGUCCAUGCUCUCCAAAAAAGCCAGUAAGCGACAAGCUGGGGAUGUCCCCCUAUCUGGCAUCCUAUAGCGACCCGGACAAACUGAGUGACUAUCUCUGGAGGGGGCCGUCUCCCAACCAGCAAAACAUCGUCCAGUCGCUGAGGGAAAAAUUUCAGUGUCUCAGUUCAAGCAGCUUUGCCUGAGGCUCUUUGGAGAAGUCACCCAAGUCCAUGUCACGGCGGGGGAGGGGGGUGGGCUCAUGAAGGACAGAUCCCGGGAGGUGUUUUCUAUGUCCCAGAUUAAAACAAUUUUGUAAUAUCCCAGGAGUGUCAACCAUGCUUUCUUCCAUGGCACAACUUUUAGAAACGGCUGCCAGGGCAGCCGGGGUUGUACUGUCCGACCAGUGUCAGCCUCUCCCGGGGUGUCUUCCUGACGCUGACUGUCUUCAUGUUUCAUGUAAGUCAAUCUUACUUGAAAAUGUUUUAGGUUUUUCUUUUUUUUUUUUUUUUUAAACCUGGUGGCCAUGAUAGUUUCUCCUGUGUCCUGGCAAGAGUGCCCCGAGUCUAAGAAAGGCAGCAGUCCUCUCCUCUCCAGAAGCCACGAGUAGUUGGAUUCUAAGACCCAAAGGCAGCCAGGAGGCCUUUCCACAUUGUUUGAAAGAGGAAGGGAAACAAACUAAAGCUGCUCAACGGAUGAUGCCCAGCACACCUGCCAUUUUGGUUCCAUUCGGGACAAGACCCUAGAAUCACGUAAGCUAGAGAUCUCUCGUGGGAGCGUGCGUGCACCUUGCCCGUCUCACUCUGCGUGGGUUGCUCCUACAUCUGUUCACUGGAUCGUAGAAAUCGGGUAUAGCUAUGGGACGUUAGGGGGAGCAAGACCGAUUCUCUAGAACCAAAGAUCCUUACCUGUACUCCUGGACACAUUCCAGAGAAUGUACUGCUUGUUGGGUUUAGUUUUGAUGGCUGGAGUCAAAGGAACGAUCUCCUCCAGUGCUCAAAGGAAACUAGGACCAAGAAAAUGCAAAUGGACUUAACUGUUAGAAAGCAUGGGGACAGCUUGCUCAUGUCCUCCUGUGAAUGCGGAAGGCAGGGGUGGAAGUAGGAGCUCUCCGUGCAAUAUUUUUGUGUGUAUCUCUAAUCAACACAAAGUAAACUGUGAGCUAAACUAAAACGCUUUAGGGCCACCCUUUGUAGAGCAGUUUUUCAUGUGUGCUUUCCUGAGUUCGGUACCUCAGACCAAUGACCUGAUCCCCAGUCUUGAGGAUUUCGUUGGCUGCGAUGAAAUUUAUUUGCUAAACUCAACAUAACAUGGGGGCCUUUUCUCAUUGUUUUGAGGCACAUAAAAGAAUUGGAUCUUUGGCUACUAAGCUCUGACUAAUAUUCUUUGAUGUUGUCAUUACGGUCUUCAAACAACAGUCCCUUGUGAUAAUCAGGGACCAAUCUAAGGAUCUAUGGGAGGGAACAGAAAAUUAAAAGCAAGGCCUUAGGAGUAAAAAGCAAAAAUCAAAGAAGCAAAAAGGAAAAGUGAAGGCCGAUCUGUUGCUAUUUCAUAAAAAUGUUCUGUUUUAUGGAAGACUCCAGUCAAUCCAACAAGGAUGUUUUCUCAAACAAGAAUGUUAUAUUCUCCUUUCAAGCAAUUCUACAUUCUAGAACCUCUUCCCCAGUGGGUUCAAUUUUCAUUGAUAUCAAGGGGAUCUGGGCUUUCUAUUUAAAGGGAAUCUCUGAUACUGAUUUCAAUCGAUGCCCUCUAACCAUAAUUCUUUUCCUCUUCUUAAAGUCCUGCACCUCUGUUUCUUAACCAUGAAACGUCAGAUGUGACCAUCCUUAUUUUAUAAACAGGUACUUCUGGCACUCGUUUUUUUCCUUUUAAAUAACAAAAAUAACCCCAGUUUCUUGCUUCUUUAUACACUUCCUUCUUCUAGCAGCUUAUAAAACCAAGUCUGUGUUGAAUGGCAUGGUUCUAGAAACAUUCCUGCUUUCCCUGCCUUUCUUUAAACUCAAUACAAGUUUCCAAGAAUAAGAGUAUCAGAAAAGACAAGCCCCAUAGGGAAAGUAUGUUCUCAGACUUGCAAGAGGUCGUCACAGGUGGGUUUGCAAAACAAAGUUACCUGAUUUUUCUUGUCCUAAGAGUGGAGUUUCCUAUUUUUGCCUUUUAGUUUGUAUGAGCCCCAAUUCUAUAUUAUCCAUAUAUUACGGUGGUGUCUUACUCUCAGACAUUAUUAAUUCAUCAUACCAGUAUCUCAUUACACGGCUUCGAUGUUACCUACAGGAGUAUUCUCUGCUGCAGGAAGGUGGAUAUCUUGCUUUAUAAAAUGUCUGGGUGGUUGUCUUUAUGUUCUAGGACAAGUCUUUAGCUUCAUAGACCACUUCUGUCAACCAGGAUGCAGAUUUUGAGAGCUGUGUGUAUAUGUAUAAUCAUGUUUGUGUUUUUCCUCAGAGUUACCAGUUAAAUGCUUCUGUUUCAGAUAGUUUCAUUUGGAGGUGGGGUAAGAUUGUAUAUAAUUGGGGGGGGGAGUUAUAUGUACUUAAAAGUAUGACAAGUUCUUAUUAGGGCUCUGUACUGAAGGUUCAAUUUUUUUUUUUAAGUUCACUUUUCACCUACUCUUUGUGCAAAAAAAAAUGCAUCUAGGAAAAGAUAGUUUAAAUAUUGUAUAUAAGAUAAUGAAAAUUAGUAAUGCUCAUUAUUUAAUAAAGUUUGUAAAGUACAAAGUCAA